GGUUAUUAGAACCCAAAGAAGACGAGAGUUUCUGUUGUCAAUGGGUAUAGCAGGGGCUGGGCCGAACCAAUCCUUGUCCUCCUCGGAAUGGAACCAAGUCUUCUUCCCUCUAUCUAUAAAAAGGUCAGCGAUGGAGCUCGCGUGAAUAGGCAGGCACAUUUUUGGAACUUCCAUUGACAGACAGAGGUAUGGGUUCGUCGUCACCUGAAUCUCCUCUUCCGAAGAAGGCUAGAUUUCUCCAGCUAGACGCUUCAAUCUUUUCCGCAGAUGGAAUGCUGCAUGGGAAAGAUAUGCUAUCUCCAAAGCCACGCAAAUAUCAGGAGGCAGAGUUAGAAAAACUCACAAACAAUUAUGAUGAGAAGUACUUUAUUGGACGGACUCAGUUUGGAAAACUAUACCGUGCAAAGAUCGACUCGCAUGUGACUGGUGCAGAAUCCCGAUAUGUGACAGUGAAGAUAUGGGAUCAGGAACAAGAGCGCUUCUACAGAGAAGCUUGUUGCAAUGUCAUGUACGAUGAAGAAGUAAGGUUUCUGAGAGAUCCUACCGUAAAUCAUCAUCCAAACUUGGUGAAAUUCAUUGGCUAUUGCCCUGGAGAAGUAAAAGGUGUUGUUUAUGAUCUGGAUCCUAUAGAUACUCUGCAUAACCUGACGAGAAAAGAAUCGUUUACCUGGCCUCAGAGCAUUAAGACAAUUCUUUGUUUUGCACGUCUUCUUGAGUUUCUGCAUGGUCAAGCAAAGCCGUACCUGCUUCUGAAUAUUAAUGCAGCUCAUAUAGUCCUUGAUCAGGAUUGGAAUCCAAUUUUGUUGGACUUUUCGAUUAUGAGUGGAGGGGUUCUUGGUGAACGGGGCCCGGACAAAAAACAUAUAUUUAUGUCUGUUGGCUAUGUUGAUCCAUUUUUGAUCUCUCCAGGAUAUGGUGAAUGGUGGGAGGCAUGGUCAGAUGUCUUUUCAUUUGGCGUUGUUCUUCUGGGAACAAUAGCCAAAAGGGUUCUUGAGUUGAAAGAAAUUGUUUUGAGUGAUACUCCUCUGACAGAUGAAUGGGCUAAGAUUGAGUACAAGGACGGCUGUUCUCUUGUCCACAGGAGCUUAGCAGAAGAUCCAUACUUUGAGGAGAGCGAUGGUACCAAAAUAACAACACUGGGGAUGCAAUGCAUAGACGACAAUCCAGAGAGGCGGCCCACCAUGAAGGAAGCUGUUGAGCGCCUCAAGAGCUUACUGGUAGUUCAGCGUCAUGCUGAUGCUUUAGGCGUCUGAAACUCUUAAACCCUGGCCGUUCUCUUCAUGUGUCUUGGCUUUUAGACUGUUAUCAGUAUAUGAAGAUUCUUAAGGGUACAGUUUCGUAGUAUGAAACCAUGUCAUAUAUCAUGCGUCAGCAGUUUAGGUAACUUGUUUAACUUGAAUGUUGAUUACCCUUUUCUCACGACACAUAUCAUAAGACUUGAGAAUGUUGAUAA